GCCUACCUGGCAAAAAAGAUGGAAACUCUGCAUCAGCUUAACUAUAGGAGGCUGAAUUCAGUCCUUCAGGGUAUAACCUGUGAGAUGAUUGACAAGAGUGAUGUGCAAGAAAUGAUUCAGGCCAUAACAAAGACUCCACAGUGGUUCUCCAGAAUGCAGGCGGGAUGUGCUGCCCGAAAGCUUUUUAAGACUUUGAGGAAUGAGAGAGCUGACUAUUUCAAAACCAUCACUCAGGAGGAAAUGGAAGAUAUUCCCACAUUCCUACUUAUUCACUUGCCCCCUUCAGACGUGACGGCUUUGCCUGACUCCGUGUGUCCUGUCCUCCUCGACAAGAUGGAAAUGGCAAACCUGAGCUGUCUACCACCUCGUUCCCUGUCUCGCUCUGCACUUUCCAAGAGAGCUCUUCUUUGCUUGACCAAUGGGGCAGCCUUAUCCGGACUGACCGCUGAGGAUGUGUCCAGGCUUGGACAGCUUUUGUGUGAGCUUCAACCUUCCCAACUGAGCCAAAUGGCCCCCAGUGUCCUUAACUUCAGCCUCCAGACCAUGGCGGCUUCCUGUCAUCACAUUCCUCCACGCCACAGGGAAGAUCUAAUUCAUCUGGUCAAACAGACUUAUGGGGAUCCAUCUGAUUGGUCAGCUGAGACUAUGGAAGAAGUGGGUCCUCUCUUACUUUUGGAUGAUGAUGCCACAUCUGCUCUUCCCAAUAAGCCUUGGAUGCGAGACAUUCUCCAUUUCCUGAAGCCGCGCUUGUCCUACAUCUCCGAUGCACUGAGAAAGAAAAUCUUUGACCUCACAACCAUGUCCACAUCAAAGGCUACACGUAAAAAAAGAUCACCAGGAAAUAGUAAUGCUGGUGGCAACAGUAACAACAACAGUAACAGUACAAGUGACCCGAGCUCUGAUGAUGGCAGUAGCACCCCCGAUCUUGGAAGUGCAACACCUAAUGAGACGAUGAUUUUAGAACUGGGAAUGAACAAUGUCUACUGGACACCUGAACAGCUGAGUCGGAUAGAUGGAGAUGUGUUCCUCAAAACUGUAGUAACACUUGGAAAAGUCACAGACUACAGUGAAGACCAACUGGCUGCACUCAAAGUGUUAGCACUUAAGAAAUUUGGCCCCCAAAUAACUGACAUAGAAAACGACGAGGUGACGGACAUGGGAUGCAUAACUCAGAGCUUCACCAAUGAAGAACUGGAGCAGCUCCCCUUCUCACUGGCCUCUCUGGCGGAAAUUGGCAAAUGUGGUUGGAACGAGUCACAGUUGUCGUCGGUGUGGACUGCUGUUGCUAAACACAAUGAACUGGUAGUGGAGCAUCUCACCUCUGCACAGAUGAUAGAACUGAGCCUGAUCAUCUGUGGCCUAAGUGCCGAAGACAUCGGAAAACUCAACUUGACUGCCUUCGGGGACGCCGUGGGCUCCAUGGAUGUUAAGUGCUCCUACGAGGUUUCACAGCAUUUUUCAAAACUUCUUAUGUCUGCGUAUGGAGAUCCAGGCAACUGGACCCCAGCACAAGUGACUGACCUGGGCAACAUGAUUGCUGGACUGGAUGGAGAGCAGUUGGCUUCUUUAGACCCGUCUGUCUUCUCAUUUAUAAGCGUGUCCUGCAUCCCACUCAUACCACCCAGCAGCUUGGCUGCACUCUCUGUUGCUCAGCUGGAGGCUCUUGGACCUGACAAUGCUGCCUUGGUAACCGAUGAACAGCGCAGUGCCCUAAGAGAAGACCAACUGGCCGCUCUUGAAAAGGCCACGACCGGGGGGUCUCGUGAACAAACAGCAGCACCGUCAGGAGCUCCAUCGCUGAGUGUCGAGGGGAUCUCAGCCGUCAUGAAGCCCCUUCUGUUUCUCCUUACGGGGUUCCUGCUGCUGUGAAAACAGAGAACCUGGCAGGAGCUUUAUAACAACGAUAUGCAGCCUCAUUUUAUGAGAAGUUAUCAUCAUAGUGCGCUUCUGACAACUUGUAAUUCUUAUGUUAUUAGUGAAGACAUGUUUCCCAUAGGGUUAAUGUCUGAGAUAAUUUAUGUGUGAGCGUAGGAGUGUGGCACUAAGUACACAACAUACUCAAAUGAUCUGAUAAGAAGUGUAAGGAUUCUUUAUUACUUUUUAUUAAGUUUACUUUUUAAUAUUCUGUCUCUAUAUAUUUAUAAGAAAGUCUAUUUUAAUAGAAUGAAGAAGAAUGUUUAUUGUGUAACUCUGAUGUUCUCCAUAUGGGAUGUCUUAAGAUUAUUUGGAUAUUUAAUACUGUACUGACAAAAUGGAAAAUGAGAAUUGAUUAAACUCAAUAAAGAAUAUUAACAGUAGUUUCAUUUGAAAUGCUAUUUAAAGAACAAAAAAAGACAUUAAAACAAGACAAUGUGCCAGUUUUUAUUAAUCAUUUUUUAGAAACAUUUGGUCUUGUAAAUGCAAAAACAGAAAGUUAAAGCGUUGGAUGAUCUCCUGAGAAAGUAAACACGAGCGCUAACAGGUCACUGAUGAUGAUGAUGAUUACAGCACAAUAAAGGAAUAGUUCUUUAUUUGUUUCUAAAACUCAUACAGACGCAUGGAUAUUAGUUCAAUCUAGGAUUCUGUGGUCAGCGAUAUUUCAGCAGACCAGCAGGCUGAGACAUAAGCUAAAAAAUGUUU